AUGAGUACAUCGGCUCAUUCGCGCCUCGCUACGGCGGCAAAGCAAUAUCCAGUUCUCGCGACCGCUUUUAGCAUCAUCGUAUUGAUAGCUACAAUCUUCUUGGUUAUCCAAGAGGUCUUCACACCGGUCGGAAAACGCAGACCACCCCCCGGAAAGAAAUGGAAACUUCCUCCAGGUCCCCGAGGAAUACCCAUAUUUGGUAAUAUUUUGCAGCUCAAAAACGCCAAAGAUGAUCGAGAUCAUAAAAUACACAAUGAGCUUGCAAAGUAUGGUGAAAUGACCACUCUGCAUCUCGGAUCUAAAACCUGGGUUCUGCUCAACAGCAAGCGUGUGGUGUCCGAAAUCAUCGCAAAACGCGGCUCCCUUACAAAUGGUCGAACCCCAAUGCCCAUUUCUAGUGGAAUUGUUAGCCGAUAUGGACGAUCCUUGCUGCUUCCACCUUCGCAAUGGACUGAAAAGCGACGGGUGAUGCAUUCCCUUUUGAGUGGAACGGCCUUGAAGCAAUAUGGGUCAUGGCAGGAGCUUGAAAGUACUCAGAUGCUUGCGGAGUAUCUUUUCCAGCCGGAAAGGUGGUACCGCCACCAUUAUCGAUAUGCGAAUUCUGUUGUCCAUCGUAUAGCACUCGGUGAGCGAUUGGUCAAGACAGGAAGGGAGUUGGCUGAUUUACAAGAUGUUGUCACUCUUUUUGUUGGAAGCAUUGGAACUAGCCUGGUGGACUGGUUCCCCGAACUAGAUCAACUACCCCGCGUUUUGCAGCCAUGGCGAAAGCACUGGGAGAAGCUUGGAGACUGGAACGAAGAGGUCUACAAGUCAUGGUGGAUUCCGGCACGCGAGAAGGUAGAAAAUGGGACAGCACCCCCUUCAUGGAUUCGGGACGUUCUUUUGCAUCCAGACACCAAGUUCACGGGCAACGAUCAAGAGGUCAUGUAUGUUGCUAUGCAGCUUCUGGAGGCAGGAUCAGAUACGACCAGAGAAGUCCUGAACAUCUUCGCUAUGGCUGCGAUCUGUUAUCCGAAAACAUUUCAAAAGGCCAGAGAAGAGGUCGACAUGCACUGCGGCACCGCGAAAAAAUUCCGCCUGCCUGGUAUCGAUGAUUUGGAGCAAAUGCCAUAUAUAUGCGCUUUUAUCAAGGAACUCCUUCGCUGGCGACCGAUUUUCCCUUUCACUCCCGACCACGAGCUGACAUCGGACAUGGAAUUUGAGGGAUAUCAUUUCCCAGCAGGGGUCGGAUUCGUGAUUAAUGAGAUCCCGGUAUGCAACGAAUGUGAGGACCCGGAGGAUUUCAAGCCUGAAAAGUGGCUGGAUGGACAUGAGACCGAUCCUGCACACGGACUUUGGCAGUUCGGAGGAGGUCGUCGUAUUUGUGUUGGCUACAGAUUAGCAUUCCGGGGCCUUUUUAUCAACGUUGCUCGCUUGGUAUUCUGUUACGACUACGAGGCAGCUGGACCUUAUAACUCGAAGAUUUUGAAUCACCACCGAACUGGUGAACCAUUUCCAGUCAAGAUUACCCCAAGAAGUGAGCAACAUGUAAACUUGAUACUGGGGGAAGCAACUCGGCUUGAUGUCUUGGAAGAUUCUAAACGCCAAACAUAA